AUGACAACUUCACCUCUUUCGUUUUUUAUCCAGUGCCAAGGUGUCCAAGUUGUUCCUGUUUUGGAAUUUUUGCCUUCCGAACCAAACAUGAAGGUUCGUUGUUCAUCAGUUAAUCUCAUAUCAUCCAGCAAUUCAUCAUCAACUGAAUUUUCGGCAUCUCUCAGUGGAUUUCCCGUGACAAAGACAAAGUUCGCAGCAACAAGAGCUCCAAUUAAAGUGUACGAUGUUCCUGAAGUCAUUCAUUAA